AUGCUGGAGGAGGAGGAGGAGGAGGAGGAGGAGGAGGAGGAGGAUGACAGAGGAGGCCCUCUCGCCUCUCUCCCUCCCCCUGCCCCGGCCUCCCUCUCUGCCCCAACCCAGGCCUCUCUCACCCCCUGCCCAGGCCUCAUUCGCCCCUACCCCGGCCUCUCUCUCGCCCCCUGCCCAGGCCUCAUUCGCCCCUACCCCGGCCUCUCUCUCGCCCCCUGCCCAGGCCUCAUUCGCCCCUACCCAAGCCUCUCUCUCGCCCCCUGCCCAGGCCUCAUUCGCCCCUACCCCGGCCUGUCUCUCGCCCCCUGCCCAGGCCUCAUUCGCCCCUACCCAAGCCUCUCUCUCGCCCCCUGCCCAGGCCUCAUUCGCCCCUACCCCGGCUUGUCUCUCGCCCCCUGCCCAGGCCUCAUUCGCCCCUACCCCGGCCUGUCUCUCGCCCCCUGCCCAGGCCUCAUUCGCCCCUACCCAAGCCUCUCUCUCGCCCCCUGCCCAGGCCUCAUUUGCCCCUACCUAAGCCUGUCUCUCGCCCCCUGCCCAGGCCUCAUUCGCCCCUACCUAAGCCUCUCUCUCGCCCCCUGCCCAGGCCUCAUUUGCCCCUACCUAAGCCUGUCUCUCGCCCCCUGCCCAGGCCUCAUUCGCCCCUACCCAAGCCUCUCUCUCGCCCCCUGCCCAGGCCUCAUUCGCCCCUACCCCGGCCUGUCUCUUGCCCCCUGCCCAGGCCUCAUUCGCCCCUACCCCGGCCUGUCUCUCGCCCCCUGCCCAGGCCUCAUUUGCCCCUACCUAAGCCUGUCUCUCGCCCCCUGCCCAGGCCUCAUUUGCCCCUACCUAAGCCUGUCUCUCGCCCCCUGCCCAGGCCUCAUUCGCCCCUACCCAAGCCUCUCUCUCGCCCCCUGCCCAGGCCUCAUUCGCCCCUACCCCGGCCUGUCUCUCGCCCCCUGCCCAGGCCUCAUUCGCCCCUACCCCGGCCUGUCUCUCGCCCCCUGCCCAGGCCUCAUUCGCCCCUACCCAAGCCUCUCUCUCGCCCCCUGCCCAGGCCUCAUUCGCCCCUACCCAAGCCUCUCUCUCGCCCCCUGCCCAGGCCUCAUUUGCCCCUACCUAAGCCUGUCUCUCGCCCCCUGCCCAGGCCUCAUUCGCCCCUACCCAAGCCUCUCUCUCGCCCCCUGCCCAGGCCUCAUUCGCCCCUACCCAAGCCUCUCUCUCGCCCCCUGCCCAGGCCUCAUUCGCCCCUACCCAAGCCUCUCUCUCGCCCCCUGCCCAGGCCUCAUUUGCCCCUACCUAAGCCUGUCUCUCGCCCCCUGCCCAGGCCUCAUUCGCCCCUACCCAAGCCUCUCUCUCGCCCCCUGCCCAGGCCUCAUUCGCCCCUACCCCGGCCUGUCUCUCGCCCCCUGCCCAGGCCUCAUUCGCCCCUACCCCGGCCUGUCUCUCGCCCCCUGCCCAGGCCUCAUUCGCCCCUACCCAAGCCUCUCUCUCGCCCCCUGCCCAGGCCUCAUUCGCCCCUACCCAAGCCUCUCUCUCGCCCCCUGCCCAGGCCUCAUUUGCCCCUACCUAAGCCUGUCUCUCGCCCCCUGCCCAGGCCUCAUUCGCCCCUACCCAAGCCUCUCUCUCGCCCCCUGCCCAGGCCUCAUUCGCCCCUACCCAAGCCCUCUCUCUCGCCCCCUGCCCAGGCCUCAUUCGCCCCUACCCAAGCCUCUCUCUCGCCCCCUGCCCAGGCCUCAUUUGCCCCUACCUAAGCCUGCCUCAUUCGCCCCUACCCCGGCCUCUCUCUCGUCCCCUGCCCAGGCCUCAUUCGCCCCUACCCAAGCCUCUCUCUUAUCCCCUGCCCAGGCCUCAUUCGCCCCUACCCCGGCCUCUCUCUCGUCCCCUGCCCAGGCCUCAUUCGCCCCUACCCCGGCCUCUCUCUCGUCCUGGUCCCUGGUCCUCGGUGGACGGAUGCCAGUGGAGGCAGGUGACAGGCGGCGCUCUGCUCGUAAAUACCAGUGA